UGACGCCGUUUUCCCGCGGUUCGGGCGGCGGGCGGGGGCCGGGAGCGGGAGCCGGCGGGCCCUGGUCAGUGCCGCCCGCGGCGGGCGCUCCCGGCAGCCGCUCCCGCCAUGCCGCCCAAGCCCCCGCGCCGGGCGGGCGCCGCCAGGACGCAGCGCCCCAGCCCCGAGGGCGGCUCCGCGCCGCCCGCCGCCCCCCGGGUCGAGGUGGGCGAAGCGGACUUCGUCGUGCUCUGUGAUGCGCUGAAGGUGUCGGAGAGCGUGAGGGAGAAAGCGUGGAAGACGUACGAGAGCCUGUCGGCAGCGGAUGGAGCUCUGGCUUGCAACACAAAGAAAAAGGAAACAUGGGGUGUAUGUAUCUUUAUUGUAGCAAUUGAUCUGGAUGAAGUGACAUUUACUUUCACUGAGCUUUUGAAAAGUAUAAACAUGAGUGUAUGCACAUUUUUUCAAUUUCUGAAAGAGGUGGAUGUUAACAUGGAUACUGUAAGCACUAAAGUUGAUAGCACUGUAUCAAGGCUGAAAAAGAAAUACGAUGUAUUAUUUGCACUAUACCACAAGUUUGAAAGGACUUGUGGCCUUAUUUAUCUGGAACAACCUAGUAGUGAGAUUUCUGCUGAACUCAGUUCUGUAUUAGUCCUAAAAAAUUACUGGAUUACUUUUUUGCUGGCAAAAGGUAAAGUGUUGCAAGUGGAAGAUGACCUGGUGAUUUCUUUCCAGUUGUUGCUCUGUGUCUUAGAUUAUUUUAUCAAACUGUCACCUCCUGCUAUGCUCAAGGAACCAUACAAGUCUUCUGUGUCUGCAGUGACUGUAAAUGGCUCCGCUCGCACUCCAAGGAGAGGUCAGAACAGGAGUUCACGAACUGCAAAGCAGCUUGAUACUGACACAAAAAUUAUUGAAAUCCUUUGUAAAGAGCAUGAUUGUAAUUUAGAUGAGGUCAAAAAUGUGUAUUUCACAAGCUUCGUUCCUUUCUUGAAUUCUGCUGGUAUUGUAGCUUCAAAUGGACUACCAGAGGUUGAAGUUAUCUUGAAACAGUAUGACGAGCUCUAUCUCAAGAACAAAGAUAUAGACGCAAGACUAUUUCUGAAUCACGACGAGACUCUGCAGCCUGACGUCAUUGCAUGCUCACAAUUGGAGAGGACACCACUAAAAAACAAUCCAGAUGAGGAAAUCAGUGUUAUACUUCCACAGACUCCUGUUCGAGCGGCAAUGAAUAACAUUCAGCAAUUGAUUAUGAUUUUAAACUCAGCAGCUGAUAAACCAUCAGAUACUCUCAUCAAGUACUUCAAUAAUUGCACAGUGAACCCUAAGGAUAGCAUCCUGAAAAGAGUGGAAAGUUUUGACCACAUCUUCAGAAAGAAAUUUGCUGAAGCAGUUGGACAGGGAUGGGCUGAAAUUGGCUCACAGAGGUACAAGCUUGGAGUGCGUCUCUAUUACAGAGUAAUGGAGUCCAUGCUGAAGUCGGAGGAAGAGCGUCUCUCAGUGCAAAAUUUCAGCAAACUUCUGAAUGAUAACAUCUUCCACACAUCUCUUCUGGCAUGUGCUGUUGAGGUUGUCAUGGCUACAUAUGGCAGAAAUGCUUCACAAAGUGACAGUACCAGUGCUGAAACAGACUUGUCUUUCCCAUGGAUUCUGAAUGUGUUUGAUUUAAAAGCUUUUGAUUUCUACAAGGUGAUUGAAAGCUUUAUUAGAGCAGAACCCAGCCUAACACGGGAAAUGAUAAAGCAUCUGGAGCACUGUGAGCAUCGAAUUAUGGAGUCUCUCGCUUGGCAAUCUGGGUCGCCUCUGUUUGAUCUUAUCAAGCAGUCAAAAGAGCGAGAAGGCCAAGCUGAUCAGCCUGAACCCACUUCUACUCCCAAUAUGCCUUUCCAGCACAACCACACUGCUGCAGACCUCUAUCUUUCUCCUGUGAAAUCUCCUAAGAAGAAGGCUCCUCUAAGUGCUACUUCCCCUCCAGAUGGUCAGCCUGCUGUGACCCCCCAAACACAAAAACCACAGAAAUCUACCUCCCUCUCUCUGUUCUACAAGAAAGUGUAUCUGCUGGCCUAUCGUCGACUCCAUACCCUGUUCCUUCACCUUCUCUCCGACCAUCCUGACCUGGAGCCCUUGAUCUGGACCCUCUUCCAGCACACACUGCAAAAUGAGUAUGAGCUAAUGAGAGACAGGCACCUGGACCAGAUCAUGAUGUGUUCCAUGUAUGGCAUAUGCAAAGUAAAGAAUGUAGAUCUUCGAUUUAAAAUGAUAGUUUCAGCAUACAAGGAGCUUUGCAACACAAAUCAAGAGACUUUCAAACGUGUUCUUAUCCGAGAAGAACAAUAUGACUCCAUCAUAGUCUUUUACAACUUAGUGUUCAUGCAGAAGCUGAAAACAAACAUUUUGCAGUAUGCUUCCAGCAGGCCUCCCACUCUGUCACCAAUCCCACACAUCCCUCGCAGUCCGUACCAGUUCUCCAACUCUCCUCGGCGUGUCCCUGCUGGCAAUAACAUCUACAUCUCACCUCUGAAGAGCCCAUACAAAUUCUCUGAUGGGUUUCAGUCACCCACAAAGAUGACUCCAAGGUCUAGAAUUUUGGUGUCCAUUGGAGAAUCAUUUGGGACUUCUGAAAAGUUUCAAAAAAUAAACCAGAUGUUGUGCAACAGUGAGUGCCAGCUGAAGCGCAGUGCAGAAGCAGGAGCUGCUGCCCCGAAGCCACUGAAGAGGCUGCGCUUCGAUAUAGAGGGGACAGACGAGGCAGAUGGAAGCAAACACCUACCCCAGGAGUCCAAGUUCCAACAAAAGCUUGCAGAAAUGACAUCUACUCGAACAAGAAUGCAAAAGCAGAAGCUGAAUGAUGGAAAUGAUACCUCAGCCAGUGAAGAAAAGUGAGAUACUUCUCAGGACCAGGGGCUGCACUGCUGGCCCUCUUAAGAUUGUUUUUGUUUUACAGCCUUCAUUAAUAGAGUUGCUUUUUAGUUGCUUUUUAUUCCAAACAGCUAGUUGAAAGCAUUUGUACUUUUUAAAUUGUUAAAUGUUUUCCAUGAUACUUUGCCUUAUGAUGUAGCAUAUAUACAAUGUAAGCCACUGAAUUUAAUUUAUAUAUUUUUUGAGGAUUUUUAAAAAGUCUUGGAAAGUGUCUAAAUUUCCUGUUGCAGCAUUACUGAUUUAAGCCAGUUCAGUCUCGUUGGAUUGAAUUCUUUAUGUCUAAAGAUGAAAUGUUAGCUAGAAUGAUUUGAAAUGCACUAAUUUUGUUUCUUAGAUUUGAUUAUUAGAUUUUCAUUACUUGCAAAUUUUGAAAAUGGUUGGCCAAUUACUGCAAAGUUUUCCAUCUCUGUUCAUAAUUAGCACAUCAAAUUCCCAUUAAAUUAAAUGGGACAGCAGCUGGGGGCCUUGCAGAGAAGGGGCCUCACCUCAGGAAUACAACCUGAAUUCAAAGUGAACUCAUUUCAUAGCCUUACUACUGAAAUCAACACUUGGCAUUUUGUAGUUUUGCUUCCCCAGCUCCCACCCCAGUGUCAUUUUUGAAGGCAGUUACACUGUCCCUCAGUUUGAAUUUCAUGGAGUAUGAAUCCCAUAGAGAUUCAUCCCAGAAUCUCACACUGCAUCUUCCCAGAAGCUGAAGCUUCUUCCCAGAUGCAGAGUAACUGAUGUGCCCUUUCUUGUCUUGGAAAGUCUCAAGUAUGAAAAGAAAAAACAAAAAAAACCCCAACAAAAACAACAACAACAACAAAAACCACCAAAAAACCCAACAAACCUAAACCAUACCUGCCUGGUACACACAAGAUUUCAAAAUUCUAAUGAUGCAAAAUUUUCUUGAUUUCUUCAAAUUUUCACCUGAUUAUAGCUGAGCCAAACAGCUUGAGAAACAGCUGGAAGCUGAGUGUCUCCAGCUGGGUUCCAGGUAAGAGCAGCCUGGUCUCUAAAAGCACAGGGCAUCCCCUAUUUGCCUUACUUUUGCAUCUGCAAAAACCUGAACGUGGUGAACCCACGUUGGGAAAAUCCAUCUGCCUUUACUGAAAAGGCAGUUUAUUGGGCAACUUGUGAAUGGUUGCAACUAGCAAAAAAACCCAAACAAAACCAUCUAAUACUUUUUUCAUAUUUUGUAUUUGUAAGCUACUGAUUCAGAUUCUGGAACUUUUCUUGCAACAAGAAAGUUUUCUUUAAAAUAGCCAAUUAACAAAAGCACAUAUUUUAUUUCCAGUGGAUUAAAAUAUAAGCAAAUCAAUUUCCUGCUUUAAAAUUACCAGUUUUUAUUAAUUUUAGCUUUUGCAGCUUCUUAAAUUAAGAACAGGUACAGUAAAAAAGCAUGCUAUUAAUGACACAAACAUUGUAAACCAAUGUCUUCCAGGGAGCUUAUUUACAGAUUGUUUAGCUGAUCCUAGAGUAUUUAGAGUAGGAAGUUUUCUAAAGAUCCAGUCUUGUGUUGAUUCAAAGCUAACCCUAGAACUACUAAAAAUUCUAUGAGCAGCAAAAACUGUAAAUUAAAUUAAAAAUAAUAUUGAGGGGUGUUUUAGACUCAGUAUGGCUUCAACUUCCUUACUGAAAAAUUUCCAGAACUUUCCAGAGUACCUUAUGUUUAUUUGCUCACUUUUUGCAGUUUUACAGACAGGAUAUAUGUUAACAUUGGGGUGCACUGACACUAAGAUCUGUUACAGCAGUCCUUUGGCUAGAAGGAGGAUACAGAGUCCAGUAUCUAAACAGAUUCUUUCUUUACUGUGACAAUGUAUUUUUUUUAUUCAAACAGACUGAAGGCUUUCCAUAAAUAUACAAUAUUAUUUUAUACAACUAAUCAGUUUCUCGCCUUUCAAGAUAAAUAAAAUAGCUUUUAAAGGA